AUGACUCGCCUGCCAAUCAUCCAUAACCUGCUGGCCACAAAUCUGGAUAUGGCAGAGAACAACAUCAGAAUCAUAGCUCCACAAGUUUUCUCUGGUGUACCGAACCUGGACACACUGGACCUGAGCAAAAACAAACUGGAUGAUGAGUCGUUCAGGCAAAGCCCCCUGUCUAACUUGACCUUUCUGAAGAAGCUGAACGUAGAUGGAAACCAACUCACCAGGAUCCCAGCGCUGCCGCCAUCUCUGGAGGAGCUCAAGAUGAACAACAACAAGCUCAGUACACUCAGCCCUAAUUGUUUUAAAGGUUUGAUGAACCUGUUGAAUCUGGAGCUGGAGGAGAAUACGCUCCAUGAGGGCAGUGUGUCACCGCUAGCCUUCAGACCACUAAAGAGACUUUUGAACCUCCAGUUGGACAACAACCGCUUCCGUUACCUCCCUCUGGGCCUUCCUCCCUCACUUCAGGAGCUGGAUAUGACUGAAAAUCUGAUUGAGGCGGUGACGGAGGAGGCACUGAGGGGCUGCGUCCAUUUGAGAGUGCUGGACCUGAGUCACAACCUGUUGCAUGAGCAAGGCAUCGCUACCCACGCCUGGACCCGUCUCAAGUGCCAGAGAGUGGGAGUGUUGAGGGUGGUGGACUCUGAGAAGAGAGGACUGUGUGUCCCUCUGCUCAUUAAUACCAUGUGGAGCUCUAAGGAGCGGUGGGCUGCUGAGCUUUCUGGCAAAGAUUUAGAAUACAAAUCAGAGGCUCACAACUGGUCCCUGGAGGCCUUGGACCUGUCCUAUAACAGAUUUACCUCUGUCCCAAUGAAUCUUCCUCGCCAUCUCCGUAAAUUGACCCUCCAACACAACAAAAUCAGUCACAUUGCUGCCUUUACGUUCCGUCACAUGCGGUCCAAUCUACAGUCCCUCCAUCUAUCCCACAAUGACUUGAGCAAUGAGGGUAUGGAACGAGUCUCUUUUGUUGGAACGUACCGCUCACUUGGAGAGCUCCUAUUGGACAACAAUCGUCUGGGGGAGAUCCCUCGCUGCGUUCGACAGUUUAAGAACCUGCAGGUGCUGCGACUGGACAACAACCAGAUCAGGCUGGUGAGGCAGUGGGGAGUGUGCCACCCUCGCAAUUCUGGCUCCACCUUGGCUUCGAUCCACUUGGAAAAUAAUCUGCUGGAGGUGGAGAGGAUUCCCCCAAAUGCCUUUUCCUGUCUCACUGAUGUUCAGGGACUGGUCCUUUAUCCACAACAGGGGCACUCAUAUGACCAAUAG